UUGGGCACCGAACUAGAGGGUACCGAACUUUCCGGGGUCUGGGAUUUUGCCCGACCGGUGGCUCUGUGCGCCUGGGCCUUCGGGUUCUCGUCCUUGCUGGAAUGCUUGUCAUGUUGUGCGAGUUGCAUCUCAAGAUAGAACUUGCAGCUUAGAAUUCCUGACACGUCGAAGAGUCGCUCGUAUUCUUGUGAUGUGUUUAUUUCAUGUCACCUGCGGUUCGACUUUAUUCGUGUCAUAGGAACCAGGGAAAUUCCUCGCUAUGAAAUAAAUAACUGUACCUUUUUUUUUUUCCAUCUGGAACUUACGAGAGGAAUGCAUUGUUUAGGAUGCUUCUGCUUGAUUGUCUUGACAGAUAUUUUUAACCGUCCAUCAAUGGAAGUAAGCUUUGAUAUGUUGUAAUCAUUCGCAGGGAGUUCUGAGGAGACAUUCUCGAUGUCUCAUCGUAGGUGGUAUGGUCCCGGCGUUGUAUUCCUGUGAAUGAUUUCAACAAUAAUCCAGACACCACACGGAAGGCAUGCUGACGAGACGCUUGCACUUUGCGGCUAGCGAUUGAUCUAUCAUGCCUUGCUGAGAUUGAAGGCAUUGUCUUCGUGGGUGCAGCAAGGAGUUCGGCCGUUCUGUUCCAACGCUCCUUGCUACAUUCCGUGAGUUAUUCACGAUUUAGAGGGUCACUCACCAAAGCUCUUCCACGGGCGGCGCUUCUCAGAAGAUUGGGCUUCAGUUGUUGGAACAAAGAGUUCGCGGGAAUGCACACUGGUUCUAUCGAAUACUUAUCGUUUUCGCAAUUCGUUAGCAUUUUCAACCCGAGGUUCUAAUUCAGUUUUGGAUUUUGCUUAUCAAUGCUCUAGGGACCCGCUAGGUAUAGACUUUGCAGACUGAGCUUUGACGCCACCGCGAAUCAGUUUUAAGUGUCUUCGUAACAGUUUCUUGGAAGGCCCGGAAAGAAUGCUUUCCGUGAGUGAGUUGUCCCUUUGGAAUUCAAAAGUAGGAGAUGCACAAUUUUCAUCAGGGCUGAAUGUUUGGAGCGCCAUCGAACAAGUCGUGAAUUUUCGUCAUUCUAGAUUAUCCAAAACCCAUUGAUGGCAACUCGAGCCAUUGUAGUGAUUCCGCAUGAGAGAUUGGUAAAGAAUCUGUUACUGCCCGAUCACAGCCAUGAGCUUGUUUAUCAAUGAAGCUCGCCCAUGAACCCCAUAGACGAAACCGUCUCACAUCCACCAAUAUUAACGAGUAGAGAUGGCAAGAGUGGCGAUGGUGCCUAAGUGUAUUGCGCCGAACAGACUGCUUCAUUUGAGCCUACUGCUUCUUGUAUUGCAUUGCAGUAUCUGUGGGGCGGUGAACUCCGAAGGGUUACUACUACAAUCCUUCAAGCAAGGCUUGAUUGACCCUGCCGGCGUUCUCAGCAACUGGAACAAUUCAGACACAACUCCAUGCAACUGGAAAGGCGUCCUAUGCAGCAAUUCGACGAUCGCCGUCAUUUUCAUAAACCUUCCGUUCGCGAAUCUCACCGGAAAUGUUUCUUCUAAGCUAGCUGGUUUGAAGUAUUUGGAACGAUUGAGCCUUCAUCACAACAGAUUUUUCGGGGAAAUCCCUGAUUCUUUUAGCAACCUGACGAGCUUGCGAGUUUUAAACUUGCGCAACAACAGCAUUUCCGGAAAUAUCCCACAAUCUCUGAGCGCACUGAAGAACCUCCGCAUACUGGAAUUGGCGAACAACGAAUUUCAUGGUUCUAUUCCAGAAAGCUUUAGUGCGUUAACAAGCCUGCGUUACUUCAAUAUUUCCAACAACCAUCUCAUCGGAAACAUUCCAGGCGGAGCUCUACGGCGCUUCAAUGCAUCCUCUUUUGCAGGGAAUGCCGGCUUAUGCGGAGUUUUGGGAGGACUGCCUUCUUGCGCUCCAUCCCCAUCACCCGCGGUUGCUCCCGCUUUCGAACCUCCCCAAGCAGUGUGGUCCCACAAAUCUUCCCUGAGUGGGGGUCAGAUCGUGCUCUUGUGUGUAAGUUUGUUUCUAUUUGUAAAAUUCGUCAUUUUAGCGAUUUUCAUCAUGCGUUGGAUGAGGAAAGACAACGAUUUAGAAAUCAGUCUUGGAUCAGGUGGGAAGAUAGUGAUGUUUCAAGGAGCCGCGAAGGCCCUCCCUUCGUCCAAGGAGGUGCUGCAAGCCACGCGCCUGAUUCGCAAGAAACACAUCAUCGGAGAGGGCGGUUACGGAGUCGUAUACAAACUACAAGUGAACGAUUACCCGCCCUUGGCAAUCAAGAAACUCAAGACGUGCUUGGAGUCAGAGCGCAGCUUUGAAAACGAGUUGGACACUCUCGGAACCGUGAAGCACAGGAAUCUCGUGAAACUGCGGGGUUUCUGCUCAUCUCCCUCGGUGAAGAUCCUGGUUUACGACUUUCUACCAGGCGGCAACGUCGAUCAGCUCCUCCACCACGCAACGGAGGAGAAUCUACCAGUGGACUGGCCGAUUCGUUACCGGAUAGCACUCGGGGUAGCUCGCGGUCUUGCAUAUCUUCAUCACAGCUGCGAGCCGCGCAUCAUCCACGGCGACGUCAGCUCGUCAAACAUACUUCUCGACAACGAGUUCGAGCCCUACCUGUCCGAUUUCGGACUGGCGAAGCUGGUGAGCACCAACGACACACACGUCACUAUGACUGUGGGCGGCACAUUCGGCUACGUUGCACCGGAGUUCGCCAAAUCGGGACACGCCACCGACAAAGUGGAUGUGUACAGCUACGGCGUGGUGUUGCUGGAGCUUCUGAGUGGGCGAAGGGCGGUGGACGAGUCCAUGUCGGAUGAGUACGCCAACCUCGCCGGCUGGGUCCGGGAGCUUCACAACUGCGGCAGAGCCUUGGAGAUCGUGGACCCCAACCUGCGAGACACAGUUAAAGAUGUGGCCCUGGACCUGUUGCUGGAAGUUGCAUGCCACUGCGUCUCCUUGAGUUCAUACGAUCGACCCCAGAUGAACAAAGUGGUGGAGUUGCUGGAGCUUCUCUCCGACACCGCGUCGUCACCCAUCCGCUCCUCCCUCACCACGUCACUGGAAUCUCUGCAACGAUCUGCUUCUGCGGACCCAUGACGAGUUUCCCUCAUUUUUGUUACAGCAUGUAGAGAUUCUGAAUGUUUUGGUUACCACUUUCUUUGUAGAGAAUUGUAUGAUACGGUGAGGGUGUCAGAGUUCUGGAGGCAAAUGAUUGAAGCAUAAUACAGAAACACCACACAUUACAGUGCCAUUCUUACAGGUAUUACUACCCAGUUGUAAACUUCCACUUGCUGUUUUGAACACAAGUUGAAUGAGAUAAAUGAAUCUGUACUAGUGUUUUGUCUA